UAGCAUGCACCUCCACCUUCAUCCUGUUCUUCUGACUGUGGCGGCUUGGAGUAGGUAGUUCGGUAGGGAGGGAGAUCAAACUGCGCGCCAUGGGUUUCCCUUUACGAUUCUUAUCAUCAUUGUCGUUGUGCCUCUUGGCCCUCCUCCUCCACCGGGCCACGGUGACAAGUGGGUGUUUCAGCAUGGAGAGGGAGGCACUGUUGGACUUCAAAGCCGGCAUCCACGACACCCAUAAUCGGCUAUCUUCUUGGGUAGGCCAAGACUGCUGCGCAUGGGCGGGGGUCAUCCGUCGCCCCACCACUGGCCACGUCGUCAAGCUGGACCUCCGAAACACAAAUUUUACAGAUGAUUGGGCAUUACGCGGUGAGAGGAUGAUGAACUCGUCAUUACUUGCUUUAUCUCAUCUGAAGCACUUGGAUCUUAGCUUCAAUAAUUUCAGCGGGAUCCGCAUGCCGGAAUUCAUCGGCUCCUUCAAGAAACUGAGAUACCUCAAUCUAUCUUCUACAUAUUUCAUGGGAGGAACACCUGCUCGGCUGGGGAACCUUUCGAGCCUCUACGUUCUUGAUCUAAGCGAUGCUUUAGAUUUUGCAUACCAUGUUGACAACCUCGACUGGCUCUCCCAUCUUACCUCCCUGAAGAACCUGGACUUGAGCUGGUUGAAGCUAACCGGUGCCCCAGAUUGGUUCUCAUCCGUGAACAUGCUGCCAUCCCUCCAAGUGUUAAGUAUGUCUUAUGUUGGUCUCGAUACCAUCCCAGCUUCUGUUGUCCAUGUCAACUUCACCUCCUCUCUUACCGUCCUUGAUCUCUCCUAUAAUCAUUUCGACUCCACCUUACCCAAAUGGUUGGGGAAUAUUACUAGUCUUACCCAUCUUGAUCUUCAGAAUUCUGGGUUCCAUGGCGUUAUUCCUGAUGCAAUUGGAGACUUGGGCUCUCUUACUUUUCUUGAUCUAGGAGUCAAUCAACUCGAGGGUACCGUACCGAGAUCCAUGGUUGAUCUCCGUAGACUGAAAGAAUUACAUAUGCAAGGCAACCAAUUGACAGGAAAUUUGAGCGAUUUGCUAGAGCAAAUGACGAAUCUCAUCAUUUUGGAUCUCCGAUCUAAUUUAUUCAACGGUUCCAUGCCUUCCUCCGUUGGUAAGUUCUCUAAUCUCACCGAAUUGAAUCUCGCUGGAAAUUCUGUUGGAGGUGUCCUUUCAGAAGUUCAUUUUGAGAAUCUUACAAGAUUGCAAGUGUUGGACUUGCGUGACAACUCCAUCACCAUAUCCAUUGGACAGAGUUGGGUCCCCCCUUUCCAACUCAGAUAUGUAGAUUUAACCAAAUGUCAGUUGGGACCUCAAUUUCCAGAAUGGUUGCAGUUUCAAACACAGAUCGAAGAAUUAUAUUUGGCAGACUGUAAAAUUGCAGGGACAAUGCCCGCUUGGUUUGGGAAUAUUUCAUCUUCUACCAUCACAUAUUUAGACCUUUCCAACAACCAAAUAGGAGGCAAGCUGCCAUCUUCUUUGAAGUUCACCAAGUUGGAAACAUUAUCUUUGCGUUCUAACAGAUUUGAUGGGGGUUUAUCUUCAUCAAUCUGCCAAUGGACAGAUCUUAAAUUUCUUGACCUUUCGAACAACAAAUUAUUUGGUGAGAUACCAAAAGGAAUUGGAGACACUCAAUAACUUAAAUUUAUCAAGAAAUCAUUUACAAGGAAAAAUCCCUUUGGAGAUAGGAGGAAUGAAAUCAUUAAAAUCCCUUGAUCUAUCGAUAAAUGAUUUUUCCAGUGGCAUUCCUGAGAGUUUAUCAGCUUUAUAUUCCUUAAGAUAUUUGAAUUUAUCAUAUAAUAAUCUUUCAGGAAUGAUACCAGGUCAUCUACUCAAAACCUUUAUUGAUCCAUCCAUCUACAUGGGCAAUGCUGACUUAUGUGGAUCACCAAUUUUCAAAAGUUGUUUUAUACAAGAGUACAAAAAGGAGAUUUCCGAGUGGUUAUGGUUUUAUAUCAGCAUAGUACUAGGAUAUGUGAUGGGAUUUUGGACCUUUUGUGGUAUUCUCUUCCUCAAAGACGCAUGGAGGCAUGCUUAUUUCCAUAUGAUUGAUGAUAUGUAUGAUUGGGUUUGGGUGCAAUGGCAUUUAAUCUUUUGAUGAUUGUUUAGACUUUAAUUCUAAAAUUUCUAAUAUGGAUGAUCCAAGACUUUAUGGUAGAUGGAGAGAAGGUACAUAGUUACUCUAUUUUUUAUUUAUAUAGUAUUUUGGAUUUAUAGAUGCUGGCUGUGAUUAAUGAAAAAAAGAAUUUGUGUUGUUGAUAUAAGAAAAGAUGAGCUGCUAUAUUUAUGGUGUUUGAAGACUGGUAUUUCUAUGUAAUGUGGUUACUUACGGUCUUCUUCUAUUUGAGGCUUUCAUUAUAAUAACAUCAUGCAAGAGUUGCUAAUAGUUUUAAAGUAGAGAAAUAUUAGAAAAGGAAGAUAGCAUACAACCAAGUCUUCCAUAUGAAGAUAUAGUUUAAAAAUAUGUUAUAUUUAUAUUGAAUUUAAAGGAAUAAAAACAUUGUAUUCGAAAUGCUAGAGAAGAUAUUAUAAUUUGACUAGUGUGUGGAUUGGACACGAGGAAGAGAGGGGUGGCUUUGGCGGAGGAAGAAAAGGGAAAAAAAAAAAGAGGUGUGAGAUUUAAUAAGGAUGUCGUUUUUAUAUCAAGAGAAUAAGUUUAAAAUUUGGAAGAUUAUAUAUAUAUGUAUGAUUUUGAAUUCCUAUUCAUCUCCUACCAAUCAGAGAGUAAAUAGGACUAUAGAUUAAUUAAUCUAAAAUCAUUGAAUAUGUUGUGAUCUUAGAGAAAAAAAAUGGUGAUAAGAAAGAAAAUAUCAUCAUUAUUUAUUGGAUUGGUUUAUAUUAUUUGACUGAUUUAAAAAAAGAAGAAGGUUGUUGAUGACUAUAUCAAUUAUAAGAGUCUACAAUUGAGGUAAGUAUCCAAUGAUUUUGUCUAACAUGUUUUCAAAUUUAAUAAUGUAUAUUUGUUAAUAAUGAAGUAAUGUGAUAUGUAUAUGUGAAAUUGGUUUUGAAAAUAAGCUUGUCGAUAUUAUAUUUGUUUAAAAUAUUUUUAUUAUUAUAUUUUUGAAUGUUAUAUUGUUGGACAUAUUUCAAAUGAUACGUAAGGAGUUAUGCAUUGGAAAGAUAUGUCAAUAUGUUAUUUUAAAUGAUGGUUAAUUUUUCAAUUAGUUGAUUUUAAUUUGGAUCUUGCCAAUUGGGGUUAUAUAUUGCUCAUAAGUUGAAUAUGUUUUUGAUAUAGGGAUAAAUGUCUUACCUAUACGUUGAAUAUGUUUUUGAUUCGGGAUAUAAUAUGGUUAUAGCUUAGUUAUUCUUAGUUAUACAAAGGAAUGAAAGCUUAGUUAUAUUUAUAGUGAUUCAUAAUUAGUGAAUGAUAAUCUUUGCAUUAAAAUGAAAUAUAUCCACUUAUGUUUUUGUUAUACAAAUGUCUUCAAAGAUUAUGUUAUCUUAUGUGCUUGUUAUGCUAAAAGUGAUGAUUUGGAAAACAUGUUUGCUCUUUAUUUAAGAAUAAAAGAGGGUUUAACAUUUAUGUAUAGUUUUCUAAAAUACAUUUAUGCUUAGUUUUGCUAGUAUAUGAGUUUUGGUGUUUACUAAAUUGUGGUUGCUCAUAUCCUUGUUGUUCAAAUUUUUCAGAUGCCUGCUAGUAGAUUGAAUUUGCUUAUGCAUCGAGGUAAUAAAUUAAAUCAUUUAUGGUUCAAACUCUUGAGACUUGUGAUGUAAUAAUUCAUUAGUGGGAUGUUUUUGAUGAACUUUAUUUAUGUUUAAGAGCUCAAUAUGCUGCUGCUGUUAUAUAUGGACAUUAUGGAUGUUUCCGUUC